AUGAUGAAGGAGGUCCCACAACAGCACAGACUCCAACAGUACAAGCGCGACUCGAUAGAUGGAGCCAGUCGAGGUAGUGGACCAUUCCCGAUUCCCAGUGACAGCACAGAGGAUGAUGAAGGAGGUCCCAACAACAGCACAGACUCCAACAGUACAAGCGCUGACUCCAUAGAUGGAGCCAGUCGAGGAAGUGGACCAUUCCCGAUUCCCAAUGACAGCACAGAGGAUGAUGAAGGAGGCUCCAGCAACAGCACAGACUCCAGCAGUACAAGCGCCGACUCCAUAGAUGAAGUCAGUCGAGGUAGUGGCCCAUUCCCAUUUCCAAGUGCCAGCGAAGGAAGCGCCAGCAACAGCAGCAACAGGCUAUUGGAGAGCAAUGGAGACGACAGAACAUUUGUUUAUGAUGUUUAUGCCGAGGUGAACAUCAAGCUUGAUACUUGCUCGCGAACAUGUGAGAUCUCAGUGGGUGGAUAUGUUUGCAACUCCUGUGAAGUGCCACGUGGAAACAUGCAAAGUGUAACCAUGAUUGAUUGCAGCAACAUCCCCGCUGAUGUCAUGGAGGGCACCUUUGAAACACCGCAGACUCUCAAGUUGAACAACGAUGAUGGAAGAAGCUUCGAACUUUCUCCCACUGAAGCAAUGUGCAAUCAUCCAGCUGUCACCGCUCCUGAUCCCACUCCAGCUCCUACCGAAAUAUACUACCCGACUUACUGUGGUGAUGCCUGGAGUUUUGGUGACAUUGUGGAGGGCGAAUGCUACUCACUUGAUACAGGUUUCUGUGUCACAGAGUAUGACAACUGCAUUGAAAUCUCCCAAGGCUGGUCAUUCUAUAACCAGCUGUAUGAUGACGAAUACAUGCCGAUUGGCCCCUACACAGUAUAUGGCUACAUAAGUGCUUAUGCGGACACUUGCAAUGAUAUCUGUAUCAUUGAUGUGGAAGGAUAUGAAUGUGACUGCAGUUUGAAUGGAACUUCCUUGACCAUGGAGGCAUGCGACAGCACACUUGAUGGCUACAUUGAGACUCCCCAGAUUGUAGAUUUGCCAGGAGGUAACUUCAGGCUCAUCUCCACUGAUGAAAUGUGCAAUCACCCAGCAGUGAUAGCCGAGACUGAUGGCAGCAACCGUCAGGGAAGUGGCACUGGAAAGCAGAGAAAUGGUGCACUAGUACUCAAAUUCCCAGCGUCAUUGACUUUUCAAUUUGAAUAUGGGACUGGCAGUGCUCUGGAUUUCAAGGCCAAGACCCGGCUGUUCAGUGGUAUCAUGAAGUUUAUGGCUGAUUCACUGAGAGAACAUGACAGGUUCAAGGAUACCCUUUUUGAUGCCACCAUGGAACAGAUCGAGGUAGACUAUGAUGUCUCUGUAUCACCAGAUGAAUGGAUUGUCUCCUUUGAUGCCAUCAUUUCAUUGGAGCGUGGAACCAAAGCACACCAAAGAGAUUGCAUUAUGGCUUUGGCAGAUGCAGACUGGGAUGGUUACCUAUCCAAGUAUGUGCACCAACUUGACAAGCAGUCAGUGUCAAGAUUGAGGAGCAACAAGUCCGAUUUAGACAAGAUACGGAAAGUUAAGUUUCGAGCUAUUGGAACAGGCAGCAGCUAGAAGGCCAGGAAGAACUGGUUGCGGCUAUGUGGGCCUGUUGGCCAUGCUCUACAUGAAUGAAAUGCAUAUAUUUCUAGAACUAUUUUACAGUGGAUUUGAAACCCUGCCCUGGCUGUUGGACUCCUCAGACCUGGUUGAUGCUCCAAUCCUUUCUCCUGUCGUUGCUACUAUAGUAGCCGGUGGCGUCGAUGAUUUGCACCGCCCAUGGGAGUGCAAGUGGGUCAU